AUGAUUCGGGAAAUAUUUUUCAUCUCGCUGACUUUAUUGAUUUUUUCCACAACGUUUUGUAGGAGGUUUGUUUUAAAUUUUUUGUAAAUUUCCGCUUCCGCGUCAUCGGAACUGUACAAUGACGUGGAAAUUCGUUGGUUUCCACGUCAAAGUUAUUCACAUGGCUGCUAAAGCGACAGUAGUCUACACAAAAAUGUUAUUGAUUUUUUGAGUCAUGUUAAAAAAAAAGCUCGUUCAAAACACAAUUUUUGGCUUCGGUAUUUUUUGUCAAAAUUAGCUUUUAAUUUUCAAAUUUGGUAAUAAAAAAAGCUAUAAAAAGGUCAAGUUUCGAAAUUUUCCUGAAUUUUUUAGAUAAAGUAUUUUUUCGAGAAAACAAAGUUUGAAUCCAAAAUUUGAAAAUGAGUUUCAGAAUAUUUUGCAAUCCUCAAAUUUAAGUAGAAAAACUGUUCAAAAGUUCCCAACCUAAUUUCUUGCCCCAAAAACGCCGUUUUUUCCAGCAAUACAACAUCCCCAAACCACUAUCACAAUCCAGAUCCUGAUGAAAAACUACCUUUGUAUUCAAACGCUUCCGAUCUGCUGAAAGAUCUACUGCAAGGUUAUGAUAUUCGAUUGAGACCCGGCUUUGGAGGUAGGCUAAAAUCUAGAUUUAUGCCGGAAAAGAUCUUUGACACUUGAAGAAUGUCUACAAGUUUAAAUUUCCUCCCUUAUUCCUAUUCUUCUUUUUCCCAUUUUUCAAGUUAGCCUAAAUUCAAUCAGUGACGAAACAAUGCGUGUUUUGAGAGCCUUUUCAGUUUAGUAAAAAAUAAAUGUUUCACAAAAAUAUCCUGCCGUUUUGGCCUGAAUAUUUUCCCAAAGGGGUGCUUAUCACCAUUGACAUAAAGCUGUCAGCACCCGCCGCAAAAAAAAGAAAAGAGGAAGGGUGAACAUAGAAAAAUGUGAACGUUUCUUCUUUUUUUUUGUGGUGAGCAAGCAACAAUAAGAAAACAAGAGUAUUCUCUGAUGGGUUAGGCUCAACAAAAAAAACACUUCCUCUAAAAAUCAUAGAUUUUCAGGUGAUGCUCUACAACUCACUAUGGAUGUUAUAAUUGCGUCUUUUGAUUCAAUUUCAGAAGUCGAUAUGGUCUGUUCUUAACUUCACCUUAAAAUUCUUAACAACCCUAUUUUUUGUAGGAUUAUACAUUAACUAUGUAUUUACAUCAAUAUUGGACAGAUGAGCGACUUAUAUGGAAGCAAGAAUUGCCGAUUGAUGAGAUGACUUUGAGUGGAGAGUUUUCGAAGUAAGUUAGGCUAAACUAAAAAAAAUUAGCAAAAAAAUAUUUGAAAUAAAAAAAAACAAAAUUCAAAAAUUGUUUUUUCUGUUUCAAGUUUGAAAACCAAACUUUAACCCCUGUCGAGCCUUUCAGUAACUUUCCUUUUCCAGGAAGCUCUGGGUUCCUGACACAUUUCUUGCCAAUGACAAACAAAGUUAUCUACACGAAGUUACCGAAACUAAUAAAAUGUUGCGAAUAAAUUCGGAUGGACAAGUGUCUUAUGGAAUGCGAUUGACAUCAACGUUGAGUUGUUCAAUGAAUCUACGUAAUUUCCCGCUUGAUUCACAAAACUGCACAGUUGAAAUUGAGUCGUGUAAGUUUGUGUGUAACAACAAAAAAUCAAUAAAAACAUGCGUGGGAGAUUGGUCUUUGAGUGGACAAAGUUCAAAAGCCCUUUAGGGAAUCCUAUCUCAUUUCCAAUCUUCAAUAUUUUUUUCUGCAGAUGGCUACACAACAUCGGAAGUUUUGAUGAAAUGGUCGUUUCCUACUGCAGUUUACGGUGUUACCCAAGCUGAUGUCCCACAAUUUACAAUAACCGGACAUGAAACACAAGAUAGUAUUGUUGAAACAGCCACAGGAGCUUAUCAAAGGCUCUCGCUAGUUUUCCAACUUCAAAGAUCUGUUGGCUAUUUUAUAUUUCAAACCUAUCUUCCAUGUGUUCUUAUCGUUAUGUUAUCGUGGGUCUCAUUUUGGAUAAAUCAUGAAGCAACGAGUGCAAGAGUAGCUCUUGGAAUCACAACAGUUUUGACAAUGACUACAAUUUCAACUGGAGUUAGACAAAGUCUACCGAGAAUUAGUUAUGUGAAAAGUAUCGACAUUUAUCUAGUUAUGUGUUUUGUUUUUGUAUUUGCCGCAUUGUUGGAAUACGCAGCUGUGAAUUAUUCUUAUUGGGGAAGAGAACGAGGAAAAGCUGGAGCUGCAGAUGAGUGAGUUGAAAAUACAUCUUGAUAGAAAACACGUGUUCUACCGCACACAAGUCCACGACCAAUUUGGCGUGUAACCGGCCGAGCUUGCGUUUUUCGAAUUCGACUUGCCCAAUCUAAUGUUUUAAAAUUUGAAAAUUAAUUACAGAUGGCCAAUUAACGGAGCAAAUAAAGAAGAUCGUGAGAGCGCAGUAAAUGUCGAAAAAUGGAUACCAAAAACCUCCACAGAACAACGAAGAGCUGAACUAGCAGAACAGGAAAGUAGUUCACCUCCACCAACACAAACUGUGGUGCCACCAACAAAAAGAGCGUCGAGUCCGAUUGCACCAUUAUGUAGUAAUAAUAAUUUGGCAACAUCAUUGGUGGAUGAAGAUAUGGAAGAGUAUCCGAGAUAUUGUUCGCCUUCGAUGAAAGGAGCCAGACCACAUCAUCAUAGCACUUUGAAUCAUCGAAGACCUGCGCAUUCUUUGAGGUUUGUAGUUUUGAAAAAUUGAGAGCAAAUAAAGAGAAAACAUAAAGUAAUGUUUAAAAUUAGGUACUUAAAAUCCUGUUGAUCUAAAUGGAGCGAUUUUGAAAAAUAAAUCCGUGCUCCGACAAAAGUCAUUACACGUCUAAAUUAGCCUAACCAGUUUAAUAACUUCAAAACCAUUUUUUUCAGACAAAAACGUCGAAUGACAAUGGCUCGACUUAAUGUUUCCAUGAAACAAUCAAUAAGUGGAAUAAGUCGAAGAGCUCGAAAAGUUAUUCCAACAAUUCGAGUUAGAGAUGUGAAUUUGAUAGACAAAUAUUCUCGAAUUGUAUUUCCAGUGUGUUUUGUGGUGUUCAAGUGAGUUCGCCUAACUUACCUUAUUUAAAAUUAUGAAAAUAAUGUUGAUUACGAGCUAAAUUUGCAGCCUCUUCUAUUGGUCCUACUACACAAUGUUUUCUGCAAUAAUUAGUAAUUACUUUAGUUAA